CGUUGUCAUCAUUCGAAUACUUGUUGCGAGGAUUAUUUGAUUGAAAUAGAGGCAGAAAGAGAAAACAUUAUCGUAACAGAUCUUAUCUCUCAUUUCAUUUCCUCUAUCUUUGGAGAGCUCGCUACUUCCGCUUCCACUUCCGAAGCUGCAUGGCUUUUUUUCAUCUCGCUCAUAGCUAAUGCCCUCUUAUUUCAGUUUAACAAUGGAUAGUCGUGGAGGCUUUAAAUUAACUGGAAUCAGGCAGAUCGUGAGACUGAAGGAAAUGCUGCAGAAGUGGCAGAGCGUGACAUUACGCUCAAAAGCUGCUUCCAACAUCAUUCCCAGUUCCGAAGACGAGACCACCAACGACGAGAGGACCAUGUUGACGAUGUCACCACUGAUCAACAAAAGGGUGGUGAAUGUUAUGAGUUGCGAAUCAGAUGAAGAGAGUUGCCAAAGCCCCGAACCGCUUCCACCACCGGAUGUUCCAAAGGGUUACUUGGCAGUGUAUGUUGGACCUGAGCUCAGGAGGUUCAUCAUUCCCACGAGCUACCUCAGCCACCAUUUGUUCAAAGUAUUGCUGGAAAAGGCUGCAGAGGAGUUUGGGUUUGAUCACAGUGGCGCACUCACGCUCCCUUGCGAGAUUGAGACCUUCAAGUUCCUCCUCAAGUGCAUGGAGAAUGAGAAGAAUGGUGAAAGUGCGCCUGGAUGCUCGGGAACUGAGGAAGAGUAAGUAGUUGUUCCAAUGUGUCUGCACGUCCAAGAUCAUAGGUUGGCAUAAGGUGCAAAAGUUGAUCUCUUUGUUACCAUAUUUUUGUACUGAUUUCUUAUUUCUUAUGUAUGAUAUAAUACACUAGUUAAAAAGAUUUCAGGCGCCUUGGCAGCAAUUUUUUGUUAGAGGGGUUAUAAUUAUAUU